AUGGAGCGAAAAAAUGACGACACUGCAGAAGAGCGCCUGCGUCGUAUGGAGCAGAUGGCACGGGAGCGUAAAGAUGCUGAUGCUUUGAAUCUCCAACGAGAACGUGAGCAGCGUGAACGUGACCAACAAGAACGUGAGCGGGUGCAACGUGCAGAGCGUGAGCGUGAAAGACAGCAGUGGCGUACGGAAGACAAGGAGAAGCGCGAUAAGUGGCGUCGUGAAGUCGAAGAGCGUAGUGAGAAGUUGCGACAGAUUAAAGCUUAUGGUGAUCAGCUUGAAAUAGAAAUAGCAAAAGAACGUCUUCGUGGUGCACGUAAGGAAGUGGAUCGUCUGACAGAAUCCAUUUCGUGGAGUGAAGUGGAGGAAGCACGGGAUCGGGAAAAGUAUCGCAGAGAGCUCGAAUCCCAGCGUCGACAGCAGCGUAUGAGUGGUCAGCGUCAGCAGCAGACUAGUAUGCCACCAGCGUCGCACGUGGAUCGUGGUGAUGAUGAGGAGCGGGACAAUAUGCCAUUCAUCAUGAUGACGCCGGUGUAUCGUAAUGAACCCGUGGAGCAUAAUGAGCCAGAGCAGCGUAGAGCACAUCCUCCGAUUACUUUCAAGGAUGGACGCGAAGCCACGGUUAACUCACGUAUGAUGCGUUCCGAUCCGCGCGAGCAGACACAGCAACGUACCGCAGAUCGUAAUAUGGAAAACCGGACAAUGGCACAGCGUGUCGCGGAAAGUGGACCAGUGCAGUCAAUGCACAAUCAGCAGCAGCGUAUGACCCAGCAAAAUCCACAGCGUAUGCUGCAGCCAAAUCAGCAGCAAGCGGACAUUGCGCGUAGACGCCAGGGAGAAGCUGUCCUGAAGAACGUAAAGUACCGUAUCCAACCGGGUGUACCUGGGAAUUUGCCGAUUCAUCCAUUCAUGAGUAUGGAAAAACGUCUCCGUAAAGAGCAGUAUGGUGUCGUGAUGGCAGAUUUGAAUCGCAUGGCGGAUGGACUUAACACACUAGCGCAGAGCGAAGAGAAUCCAGACAAACCGGAAACUUGUAGAGCGGAACGAUGGCACGUGUUAGAGUUGAAGACAUUUUUGGAGUUAUUGCGAAGUAAUGAAGCGGAAAAUAAGAAGCGAUUCGUAACGUAUCCAGAGCCUAUAAAGACGUCACUCAGUCCAAAGUAUGUGGAGACUUGGUUCUAUGAUCGUUUCGCUGCGACUUCGUGGAUCACGUAUGAAUCCCAGAAGGACGGUACGACUCGUUGGGAGAAUCGUUAUGGACAGGUGUUAAAACUUAUUCAGGGACGAUUCCGACGUAGUGAAGAGCCGCCUUUGUACUUUAAUCCGAACCGAUUCUUCCCGGAUGACAUUGCCUUUUGGUCGGGAGACUGUAUGUGGGAUGGAACAUAUGACGAACGUAGUCAGAGCGAAGAGCGGAUUCGUAGUGGUGAUCUCGAUGAGCUGGCACGAUUACGAGCGGAAACAGAGAAGUACCAGCAGGAGAUCAAACGUAUGCAAGAAAAGCAAAAGCAGGAAGAAGCAGAGAAACGGCAGCUGGAGGAUGAUCUGAAGGUGAUGAUGGAUCAGCGUAAGAAAGAGAAAGAGGAAUGGCGCGAAGAGCGACGUAACGGACAGAAUGGCAAGGACGAAGAUUCUGAAGCGGACAAGUGA